GUCUGUAAGGGCGGCCCCGAACAUUUGGGCCGCUCAGAGCUGCGUGACGUCACUAGCCGCUGUCAGAGUGGCAGGAGACCCGCCCAGACAGCAGCGACAGCCUGGCUUCCUUCGAGUGUGGGCGGCAGUGAAGCCCGGGUUGCGGUGGAUGUAGGGGCGGGAGAUUGGACGGCGGUCAGGACGUAUGUGACGUGCCAGGACCGUUCCAUAAGCAAACGUUAUCGCUCACUUGUGGAGUGGGCGCGCUCGCCUUCCCUUCCUCCCUUGCUGGAGCCAUUGGUGGCAGUUCCUCGGUGUUAACCCCGGCCCCUGCCACGGAGGGCGGCCAUGGACGAGCAGGCGGGGCCCGGCGUAUUUUUCAAUAACAAUAACAAUUCGCUGCUGUCCGCUGGUACUGGCCCAGCUGGUGCCGGGAAGGGGUUCGAGGCUGGUGCUGCAGAUGCGGCCUCAGUGUCCGGGGGAGGCGGAGGAGGAAGCGCUGGGACGGCUGCUAGGGCCCAAUACAGUAUCCCUGGCAUCCUGCACUUCCUUCAGCAUGAGUGGGCUCGCUUUGAGGUGGAGAGAGCUCAUUGGGAAGUGGAGAGAGCCGAGAUGCAGGCUCAGAUAGCCUUCCUGCAAGGAGAAAGGAAAGGACAAGAAAACUUGAAGAAGGAUCUAGUAAGAAGAAUUAAGAUGUUGGAAUAUGCUCUGAAGCAGGAAAGAGCAAAAUACCACAAGUUAAAAUAUGGGACAGAAUUGAAUCAGGGAGACAUGAAACCCCCAAAUUAUGAUUCUGAUGAAGCAAAUGAAAAUGAGAUACAACCACCUCAGCAGAAUAGCCAGUUUAUAUGGAAACAAAGUCGGCAGUUGCUAAGACAAUAUCUUCAAGAAGUAGGUUACACAGACACCAUACUUGAUGUGAAGUCAAAACGUGUCCGCUCUUUGCUAGGCCUUUCUGCUGAUUCUUCAGACAGAUUAACAGAUACAAAACAGGACUCCAUGGUUAAUGGAACUGAAACGGAACUUCCAAAUCCACUGGUCCUUGGAAAGCCGGAUAUGACAGAUUCUGCCUCUGUGCUUGAGACAUUUAAGUUUCUAGAGAAUGCUGCUGCAGAGUUCAGUGACGAAGAAGAUGAAGAAGAAAAUGAAUCAAGGGAUAAAACAAUCAUAGAUUCUGCAACGAUUGUACGAAGAAGAAUUAUUCCAGAUUCCAAUGAUGACACAGAGGAGGCACUGAAAGAGUUUGAUUUUCUGGGAUCAGAUGAUGGUGAAGGAGGAGAAUCCCGAAGUGCUGGAGAUGGAACUGAAUGGGAAAAGGAAGACCAGUCUCCCAUAACGGAAUCCUGGAAUGUGGAUCAGGGAGUUAUAACCAAACUCAAGGAGCAAUACAAAAAGGAGCGCAAGGGGAAAAAAGGGGUGAAGAGAAAAACAUCAGAAGAAAUGUCUCAGCCUUUGUACCAUAUAAAACAGUCAAAACAGGGAUGUGGGAGCAUGCUGGAGCAAAGUACAGGGCCAAACAGAUCAAAGUUACAAGAUAUGUUGGCUAACCUUAGAGAGGUGGAUGAGCUGCCAUCAUUGCAACCAUCAGUCGUGUCAUCCUCAAGGCCUGCAAGUUCAAGAAUUAGUGAACAAGAAAUGAACCGCGCUGAUGAAGUGGAAGCAUUAACAUUUCCACCAUCAUCUGGGAAGUCUUUUAUCAUGGGAGCAGAUGAAGCUUUAGAAAAUGAGCUUGGACUUGGAGAGUUGGCUGGACUUACAGUUGCCAAUGAAGCAGAUUCUUUGACAUAUGAUAUUGGCAACAAUAAGGAUGCGUUAAGAAAAACAUGGAACCCUAAAUUCACAUUGAGAAGUCACUUCGAUGGCAUACGAGGUCUCGCUUUUCACCCAUCAGAGCCAGUACUUAUUACAGCAUCAGAAGACCAUACAUUAAAAAUGUGGAAUCUCCAAAAGACUGCUCCAGCAAAAAAGAGUGCAUCCCUUGACAUUGAACCAAUUUACACAUUCAGGGCGCACAUGGGCCCAGUUUUGUGUGUAGUAACGAGCAGUAAUGGGGAGCAGUGUUACAGUGGAGGAACAGAUGGUGUUAUCCAGAGCUGGAAUACUCCUAACUCCAAUGUGGAUCCCUAUGAUUCCUAUGACCCUACUGUUCUGAGAGGAGCAUAUGAGGGCCACACUGAUGCUGUUUGGGGAUUGGUUUAUAGUGCAGUGCAUCAGCGUUUAUUGUCAGCCGCAGCAGAUGGCACAAUACGUAUCUGGAAUGCUGCUGAAGUCUCCCCUGCAUUGAGCAUAUUUAAUGAAAACCAAGAACUAGGAAUUCCAUCUUCUGUGGAUCUUGUAAGCUGUGAUCCAGCUCAUUUGGUAGCUUCCUUUAACAAUGGACAUACAAACAUCUUUAACAUGGAGACGCAUCAGAAAGUUUUAACAUUAGAGUCAUCCAUAGACACAGCUGUUAAUUCGACUUGCCAGAUAAACAGAGUAAUCAGUCAUCCAACUCUUCCAAUAAGCAUUACUGCGCAUGAAGACCGUCAUAUAAAGUUUUAUGAUAACAACACAGGAAAACUGAUUCAUUCAAUGGUAGCUCAUUUAGAUGCUGUUACCAGUCUUGCAGUUGAUCCAAAUGGAUUAUACCUGAUGUCUGGCAGUCACGACUGUUCGAUACGUUUAUGGAACUUGGAAAGCAAGACCUGCAUACAGGAAUUUACCGCUCACCGCAAGAAGUCAGAUGAAUCUAUAUAUGAUGUAGCAUUCCAUCCUUCCAAAUGCUACAUUGCCAGUGCAGGAGCUGAUGCUCUAGCCAAAGUUUUUGUAUGACACCAUGUUCCAACUGUAGAUUCUCAUUUAUUCGUCCAGCCACAUCAAACAGAGACUUGUUACUAAUGCCCAACGAAAUGACUUAUCUGGCCUUUUUUCCUCCUACCUGUGUUCGAUAAUCAGGCUAAGACGCAAAAUCUAUACUGCGGGUUUUAGUUUUUCUGGUUUCUGUUUUGUAAACUUAUGGUUUGUUCUGGGUGCUGUGAACUCAGCUGUUGCUUAGAGUCAUUCUUCUGUUUUUUUCAGAUACCAUCUAAGCAGAAGCAGCAAAUUAUUUUUAGGAGUGCAUAUUUGACCAGGCAGGCCUGGAUCAAACUAGGUUCCACCAUAAUCUGGGGUGUGGCUAGUGGGACAAAAAAAGGGCCAGUAUAGUGGCAAAUUAUUAUAGCAUAUUUAACAGGAAUGUGUUGAUUCUUUUAUCUUUCUGUAAUAGCUCUAACAAGCCUGUUAAGUAAAUAAAUUAGGACUACUUUGUCUCCUUUGACUAAUA